GGUGGGGGGGGAGAGGCGGCGCAUGCGCAGAGUCGGGCGGGCAGCCUGCGAUGGUGGCGGGGCAGCGCACGAGCACACUGGAAUUUUCCUUUUGGGUGUGAAACAGUCAUGGCAGAUCAAGAGUACGUUCUUUGCAUGUGGAAGAAGCGUUUAUGGCCAGCAAAGGUUUUGUGCAGAACUGGAGUUGCUGGGAAAACAUCUAUUACUAAUGUGAAGACGACUUCUUUUAAAGUUGAAAUACUUGGCUUGAAAGAACAGAUUAGUGUGAACUGUGCAGAUGCUGUACCGCUGAAAGAAGAAUGUAUAGAAAACAUCGCCUCUAACUUAGAUCAAAGGAAUAGUUCAAGUGAAGCUGUGGAAGAACUGAAAUAUCGCUGUUCUCUUAAAAUUGCCCUGGAUAUUUUGGAUCAAAAUGGCUCAGCCAAACAAGUACUGCCUUCAGAAAAAGGACCAAACACUCUGUUACCCCAGGAGAACAAGGCAGGAUCUCUCUCAUCUACCCCGUUACAGGGACGUCAAUCACUCUUUCACUCAAAAGAAAAGUUGGAGCUUGAGACUUCCAAGAGGAAAACAGAACAAAAAAAUAACCCCAGCCUGAAGACCAAUACAAAAAAAAACAAACAGGAAGCUUCCUUCAUUUUGGAGGAGAGUACUAGAGGACACAGAAUUAGAACAAACCCUUCCAAACGUGUCACUGGGGACUGGAGUAAUAUGUCAGACAGUGCAGAUUGCAAAACACCAGAAUCAGAAUCACUACCAAGACAGAAAAAAAUCAAGCCCAGCUUGUUGACAGAGUCCAAACCAGGAAAUCAAGUCUUCUUUAAGACCAAGGAGAUAAAAAAGAAGGAAGAAAGAAAAAGACAAAGAGGUGCAGGAUUACCUGUAUCAUAUAGGAAUGAUUUCCCCACGGAUCAAGCCCAGCCCCUUGCUGAGGAAGGGUCCCCUCUGCCUGUCCCCUGCAAUCCUGACACAGUGGUACCUGUCACAAGGGCAAAAACCAGAAGUCAACCUAGAAAAACGUUACUGGAUUCUUGUAAAAGUGCCUCAGGUGACUUGGAAAAUAGCAUCAGUAGUGAGAGCAAAAGCCUGGCAAAGCAAUUAGAUGGAGGAAAAAAGCCAGUGAGUUUAACACAGACUAAUGGAGAACAAAAGAUUGGCACAACCAUGUCCUCGUACAGAAAAAGGGGAUGGAGGAAUUGCCCUGAGUCUUCAUCUGGGCCUUCUAACCAUGGGACACUUUCUGAUAGCUUCCCCUCUCAGCAUAAAGAGGAGAAAAAUAAGGAUAUUUCACAUGUAGUUAUGAAUAAAGUAAAGCAAUUCCAGCUGCCUGAUUUUGAGGAAGAUGAAGGGCUGGAAUCGCUUGACCUGUCUUCAAAUAUAGCUUCCUUGGAGAAUCUCUCUUGCCUCUCAGCUCUGGUAGAUGAAGAGGAGGAGGAGGAGGAAGAACUUCCUUGUGUUUUAUCACAUCAAGAACCGCAAUCAAUUGAAGAAGGGAUUUUGGUCUGGUGCAAAUUGCGAAGCUAUCCUUAUUGGCCAGCAGUGGUAAAAUAUGUGAAGCGGAAAUGCCGAAAGGCGUGUGUGCUGUUAAUAGAAGGGAAUACAGAUUGCAAGAAAAAAGGUUUCUCAGUACCUCUUAAGAAUCUGAAACACUUUGAUUGCGAAGAAAAGCAGGAGCUCAUAGGACGAGCUAAGGAAGAUUAUCGCCAAGAAAUUGAGUGGUGUAUCCGACUGAUUUCUGACUAUCGAGUUAGAGUAGGUUGUCAUUCUUUUACGGGAUCCUUCCUGGAAUAUUUUGCUGCUGAUAUCAGCUACCCAGUUAGAAAGGAAGGUUAUCCAAGUUCAGUCCAAAUGACCUUUCCAAACACAGCAGAGGAAGAUGUUGGAGAGUCUUCAUCAGAACCUUCACCUCAGAAGCCCUCCAAGAAACUUCUUCCUGACAGAACAAGAGCUGCUAGAGAUAAAGCGAAUAAAAAGAUAGUGGAGUUUAUAGUGAAGACUAAGGGGGCCGAAGAGCAUCUUCUGGCUAUUUUAAAAAGCAGAAAACCAUCCCGGUGGCUGAAAGAAUUCCUGAAUUCAAGUCAGUAUGUGACCUGCAUUGAAACAUAUUUAGAGGAUGAAGAACAACUAGACCUUGUAGUGAACUACUUGAAGGAAGUGUAUCAUGAGAUAGACACUAAAAAUCUGAAUCAAAUAAAUGGAGAUGGAAUUAAAUUUAUUUCAGAUGUCCUUUUGCCUGAAGCCAUCAUUUACGCGAUUUCUGCUGUGGAUGACAUAGAUUACCAGAAGGCAGAAGAGAAGUACAUAAAAGGACCAUCUGUGAGCAAAAGGGAGAGAGAAAUAUUUGAUGAAGAAAUUAUAGAGAGAAAAAAGUGGAAGACCAAACUAGCGUCUGCGGACAGCGCCUGAACUGUGGUGCAAGCUUUCCCGAGUUCUCCUGGCACUGCGUGUACAUAGUGGCGUGGUUGUUGGUAUAAACGUGUAAUUCCUGCUGUAUAGGAUCCGUGUGUGUGUGUCUCAGAGCUGUAGUCACUAGAACGCUGUGCCGCGGGCGGAUCCAGUUCUGCCUGCAGCCCGUGCUCUCGAUGCUGCCUCGCAAAGGGCGCGAGUGUUUUGCAGAGCUGCUUGGUAUAAUUCCGUCUUGUAUUCAUUAUUUUGGCCAAGUAUCUGACAAAGGAAGAGGUAUUGUCCUCAAAACCAUGUACUGGUUAAUUCUUGCCUGCUGAUUUUACUGCUGCUGGGUGGGUGCAGGUUUCCCCCGUCUGAAAACAUUCGCAGCGGGUUGGCCGUCCUUGCUUUACAUGUCGCUGUGUGGGGAAUGAAAUGGGAACGUGGGGAUGCAGCCUGAAGGGCAGAGGCUUGGGUUUUGGUGGUAGGACAACUGUAAAAUUCAGUGGAAAAGGAAUCCAAUGUUUGCUUAAAAAACAAAACACAUUGACUUUAAAAGUGAAACUGUUUUGAUUGUUCUUUUAUUUUUUUGUUGGUUUUUUUUUUUAGGCCAUGUUUUUAGGAACACUUUUGAUUAUCUUUUUCUGUCGGAUUUUACUAUUAAAUUUAAUCAUCCCCUAGCUUUCUGUUAACGGUGUAGCACUGUCCCUUGCUGGUGCUAGACUCGCACUGUUGUUGAACUCUAAGGAUAAAAGCCCGGUGAUUGUAUUUUUCUGCAUUACAAUGAAAAUGUGAUCUACUUGCUUGUUCAAUAAAAACUGAGAUGAUUUGAAAUUAA